UUAUUUUACGUUCAUUUUUAAGGGCAGAAAAAAGUAUCCAUUGAUGAGAACUUUUUGGCUGAGCACUUUAAAUACUACACCAUGAAAACCGAAAUGGAAAAGGCUGUGGCUGCAUUAAAAAAUAACUAUAUUAAAAAUCUGUCCUUAAGAUCUUCUACAGGAGCAUUGGAUUCACUACCUGUUACAUUUGAAGGUGAUGAAUAUGUUAUACAAGACUUAGCACAGAUUGUGAGAAAAAAUCCUAAAACAAUAAUUUUGAACAUGACAUCUUUUCCACAAGCAAUUCCAGCUGUUUUGGAAUCAUUAAAAGCUUCUGGUAUGAAUUUAAACCCCCAACAAGAUAAAACUUCUAUAUUUAUACCAAUACCUAAAGUUACAAAAGAACAUAGGGAAAACUUAAGCAAAGGUGCAAAAGCACUUUUUAUCAAAACUAAAGAUUCUAUUAAAGAAUUACAAAACAAAAAUAUCAAAGUAUUAAAAGACAAUGAUGCAUUAGCGACAGAUUUGGUUCACACUUUACAAGAUCAGAUUACUGCAUUGGCUGAUAAAUAUGUACUGGAGGCACAACGAAUAAUGGAAGAAAAACAAAGUGAACUUAAAGGUGAUUCAUAGUGUUUGUAAAUUUACUCAAUAUGUUAAUUUAUCACAGUAGUUUCAUCUACCAAGGUACAACCCAAAAAUGAUUAAUCUCUUUUGUUUAGUUAGAUUUUUACUUACCUGUUAUUCUAUAAUCUACAGUAGAAACCAGUUUCAAUGUAUGAAUCAUCAGUAUUGUACAUUUUUAUUCAUUAAAAAUUAUAUGCAUGGAUGUAUAUUGUAUAUGUAAUAUGUAUAAUA